GCAAUCAAUUUCGACGCUAAAGUGAAAAUUAAAAAAAUGUCGAAUUUUAAGUUGUCUUCACUUUGGAAUGAUGGCCCGACUGAGUCUACGACUUCUUCCACUACCUUCAGAGUAUCAGACAAAAAGGCUAGUCGUCGAUGGGGGGACAUGGCUCUAAAUGUGAGAUCAUCAAAAAGUUCAGUUUGUUCACAAUUGAAACCAUACAUCCGUAACCACUGUACCAAAGUGUUGAUGGAGAGUCAAUAUUCGUCAAGGGUCCGUGUCAGCACCAAUAAUGGAUUCGUUGGAACAGUUAUCGACUGCUAUAACAACCAUCACAAUUUGAUAAUUCGGCCAGAUGACAUUUGGACGGUGAUAUUGACUCAAUUCUCCUUUUACAUCAAUAACAAGGCAGGAGAGUUCCGAAGAGAAUUUGUCAAUUUUGAUGGAAAGAAAGAACUUCUGAUCGAAAUCGAUAAUAGUACGCUUACAACUGCCCCAUACGACCUUUUAGUGACUAAGACUACGGAUAAAAUUCACGAAAACCUUGUAGAUAAAACGAUAAAAGAUUGGAUUAUGCCGAACUUUACGACAACCACUCCCAAUGACACCGUCGUUUGUGGAACGAUUUUUAUGGCAGUGACAAAGAGAUAUUUUAACUUCGGAUGGCACUUAAUGUGUGGCAUUCCAUAUAUAACGCUGGAAGGUACUUUGGAAGACUGGCAGAACAUCUCAGACCGGUUGGAGAAGCUAAAAAAAUACAAACUAGACAGAUGGUACGACCUAUUGAAGCCGAUUCUCGAAGAGUUCAUAGCUGCUAAGAGAAACCAAGUAAAUGUAGAAUUCUGGAAUCGUAUUUGCCAUCAUUUGGGAGGUUAUUCCGGCGUAAGUCUCAUGAGCGGAUGGUUGACUGCAUUCGCCAUAUUUGAUGACCGUGGUAAUUGGACUGAUACAAGCAUGGUUCCCGAAGACCCGAAUCGCAUUGAGGCCUUGGCCAAUAAUUGACAUCAAUCAAAUUCCGUCGAGUAUUGUCACAGUCGACGUUAAAAUCACCGAUGGAAAGGAUGAAUAUGAAGCCUUAUUGAUUGCGGGUCACGUUGGCUACAAAGCUCUGGAAGGUUGUUGCACAAUGAAACCUCAAAUCGGUUGGGGUAUUGCUCUAAAAUCAACUGUACAACAAAUAGAGAAAUUACACCAAAAGGCUCAAGAAAACAAUCGAGAGAACUGUGAGCAGUGCGGGCGGUUUUUAAAAUGAAUGUUACUAUUUGCCUAUUCAUACAAAUAAAAAUUUAUUAGCAAA